CUACAUACCGACCGACCCCACUACACAGGGGGAGCACGUGUGUAUACGCGAGAGGCAUUACUGGCGCGUCGAUCGAUACCAACGGAUUUGUCAACAACAUUCACCACGACUCUGUCGACGACGGACAGUCAGUCAGUCGGUGGUGGCCUCCUAAACACAAGAAAGGACGUAUAAACAAAACAAAGGACCAACCACCUUUCGUCGUUUCGGGCGGAAGGAUUCGACGCAGUUUCCGCAGUAGUGUGAGAAGUCAACGGAAGAUGUGAGGGGGGUGGUGUGAGCUGGUAUUACUAUCAAAGGCUGAUUCAAUCAAGAAGAUAAGGAAGUACGUUUGUCGAGCUUGACGGAAAGCGCUUGAUUACGGACGAGAGAAACAUGAUUCUGAUCGCUGGAGUUGAUAAUUACCUUAACGUUCCCAUGGAGACCACAACGUUCCUCGGUGCGGCCCUCGGCUUUAUCGCGUUGCUGUUGGUCCUGUUCCUGUACAUCAACCGGAAGUGGUGCUUCGCCACGCCCGGAUCGUUUAACUGCUGCGACGAGAACACCCUGCCGGCCAAAACGGUUCACACCAUACGGAGCCGCUUUGCCUACGAUGGCAACUCCAGUUCCGACUCGGAGGAGGAAAUACUCCGCCGGUUGAAGUUGCAGCAGUCCUGCAGUCUGCACAGCAGUGGCCAGUUGUCGCGGUACGGUGCCGGCGCUCUGAGCCCGCUAGAUCCCGAUCUAGCGUCCAGUUUGGGUGGCCUGCAGCACAUAACCAUCGGUUCCCCUUUGGAUGAAGGACAGCUGAUCCGGAAGGAGAGCAGCCGCAAGCAUCAUCACCAUCACGGCGGCCAUGGCCACCAUCAUGGUGGCAGCGGUCAUCAUCAACACCAUCACGGCAGCAGUCGGCACGGGUCGUCGAGGGACCCGCUGGCGCUGGCUGAGAGGGGUAAGAUAGGAAUGCCGCACUCGAGUAGCGAGUGUAGCUCGAACAGUUCGGUAGAGGCUUCGGUGGAGAGCAAUACGGGUUUGGUGGGUGGUGAGAAAAAGGACCGGCGACUGAUUUUGCAAUCGGUGGGUGGUGGAACGAAAAGUAGUACUCCAGCGAAGGAGAUGUCUGCGGCGGACGGUAAGAAGGACCAAGGGAGUGGCGUUGUCGGUUCGAGUUCGAGCACGAAAUACAACCGAUUACCACUUCAACAGCAGGAUAGUUUGGAAGAUGUUCCAGAUAUCAACAGCAAUCAGGAUUGCAUCGUAGUCCUCUCGCAGGAACCCUUAUUCGACACGAGCGAUCUCAAAUCGCUCAAAUCCGACACGGGAACGAUCGGUCCCGGUCCGGAGAGUCCCACUUCGACCAGCUGUCCGAACGGCACGCUGGAAAUAUCCCUCCUGUAUGACGCACCAAUGCGAAAGAUGACAGUCCACGUACUGCAGGCGCGGGGCAUUCCGUCCCGAACUAGUGCCAGCAGUACGGCGGCCAGUACCAACCCCGCUGACCCACCGCCCAAUCCCAAGAGUAGUCAGUCGACUACCCACACCCAGGUCCGACUGUUGAUGCUACCGAGCAAGAAGCAGAAACACAAGACCAAGAUUCGAUCUGGUGAGAAUCCGCAGUUCAUGGAGAGCUUCCUGCUGCAUCGGGUCAACCCGGAGGAAGUCAACUCGAUGGGAUUGAGGAUUCGGGUUUACGGGUGCGAGCGAAUGCGACGGGAGCGAUUGAUCGGGGAGUCGAUCGUGAGCUUCGCCAACAUCGAUUUGGAGCUGGAGACGAACCUGUGGCUACCGUUGGAACCGAGAGCGAAUGCAGCGAACACCGGUUCUACGAGUGAUCUGCUGAGUUUGGCGCGAUCGGACAGUACGGGUUCAACGACAUCCAUGCAGCACGGCGGUGUCCCGGAGUUACUUCUGGGACUUGGUUACAACGGUACUACGGGUCGAUUAACGGUUGAGAUCGUGAAGGGCAGUCAAUUCCGGAAUCUGGCGUUGAACAAGGUCCCGGAUACAUACGUCAAGUUGUGUCUCGUCAGCAGUAUGGGUCAGGAGAUGGCACGGGCGAAGACCUCGACGAGACGGGGUCAACCGAAUCCGUUGUUCAAGGAGACGUUUAUCUUUCAGGUGGCCUUAUUCCAGUUGAACGACGUCACACUGAUGGUGUCGGUGUACGCGAAGCGGAACAUGAAGCGCAACGAAAUGGUCGGCUGGUUCAGCCUGGGCCUGAACUCGAGCGGCCCGGAGGAGAACGGCCACUGGGGCGACAUGCGCGAGGCGAUGAACCCCCGCUCGGAGCUGGUGACGCGAUGGCACGUGCUGGUGGAUUCCUGAUUCAACUAGCUAGGGCUCUCCCCUCGGCAGAGCACGGUCAUCGGUGACGAUAUCGCUGCGGUAGCGAUCUCCGGCCGGCGCAAGUCUUCGCUGUCGUCGUCGCAGUACAACCACCACCAUCGGGCUCGUCGCAGUUCCGGAAGUAUUGCGUCGAUGUUGGGAGGGCCG